CCCGAACUUAUUCCAAUCCGAAACCUUUUGAAGGAAACGGCCCAAUUAAAUGCCCGAAUCAUUCUUCUCGGCCCACUCUGAUCUGUCCAGCAUCACAUUCGCCGCUAGCGCCGGCUCCCUCGCCGCCGCCGCCACCCCCAUCUCCGCCGCAACCAAGGUUUGAAGCUUACUGGGAGGGAGGGGGAGCCCAGGAGCGAGCCGCUGGCUGGGUAGAGAGGAGGGAUCUAGUCGAGAGAGAUGGGGUGGAAGGCUGCGGAGAAGCUCAUCAGACACUGGAAGAUCCUCCGCGGUGACAACGUAAUUAUCUUUCCCCGUCCUCGCAUUCCUCUUCGCCCCUCUCCUCUUUCUAGCAAAAUCUCCAAUUUCGGCGCUGUUUAUUUCCAGGUGAUGAUCAUAAGAGGCAAGGACAAGGGGGAGAGCGGGCUCAUCAAGCGGGUCAUUCGGUCGCAGAACCGUGUCAUCGUCGAGGGAAAGAAUUUGGUUAAGAAACAUAUUAAGCAAGGAGAAGGACAUACAGGUGGGAUUUUCUCAAUUGAAGCUCCACUUCAUGUUUCAAAUGUUCAAGUACUUGAUCCAGUCACUGGGAAACCAUGUAAGAUUGGAUACAAGUAUUUGGAAGAUGGAACUAAAGUCAGGUUUGCUAGAGGAAUGAAUGCAUCUGGUGCUGUGAUACCCAGGCCAGAAAUUUUGAAGGAGCGAAGAAAGCCAAGACCUACAUCACCUGGCCCAAAGGAUACACGAAUUGAACAUGUGCUGGAGAAAACCUAUGAUGCCAAGGCUGGAAUUGGGAUGCCUGAUCUAUAGGUUAGUGCUGUCUGGGUUGCAGAGUUCAUUGUAUGUGUGGCAACACCCCAGUUCAGAUAGCAGGAAGUCUUUCUUCAACUUUGCACCUGUAUUGCUCUCGAAAUAAUUUUGUUAUGGUCAUUGAAAAAACAUUACCCCACAUGUUUUUAGUCUCUGCUUUGGUUAGAAUCUUUAUCCCACUGGAAAUGCACAUACAGUUGGUAAAAAAAGUUCAAAUCA